AUUUACUUGUAGCACUCUAUGCCCACGUGAUCAUCUGGGAGGUUCCAGGCCGGCAACGCGUGUUGUUCCUUUUAAGCCUCAAGAACCCACAAGAAACUGCAACACAACAUGAAACAGAUUGCAUCAGGUAGUACAAGUAAAGAUCUCUUGUACCUUGAUGUGUCAAAAGAAGAAGGAGAGAAGACCCUUUCCCUUCACACCUCAAUAACAUUGUUCCUCCUAUCCUACUGUGAAUCUAAGCUUUUCAAAGUCAUCUUGGUUACUGCUUCCACUCCCAGUGAAGAUGAUGAGUUUUUCAGACACUUGGAAGGAAUGCCAAAAGACCUUGAAGUUGAAGUUCUGUCCAAGAGUCAGUUGCCUCCUAUUAUAAGUAGCUGUUGUCUACCUGCUUUGUUGGACAAAGAAGGCAAAUACUGUCAUGCUGGGUUGGCAGUAGUACUUAGAUACAUUCUUCAAUGGACAUGUGAAAUGGAUCCUGGUAGAAAUGAUGUGGCAGCACUUCUGGGUUUUAAGAAGACCUGUCUGAAAGCCUGUGCAGAAGUAAGUCAGUGGACUCGACUGUGUGAACUUAGCAUCCCUGCUGCUGUGGAAGACUUCUUAAAACUGCCUGCUGAGAACCAAACAGACAUUCCUUUAGCAAUUCUUCAGCUGGAAAAAAAACUUAGAGAGCCUGUUAGAGUGCAUAAUGAUGACAAAAUCCGUCGGCAAAAGCUGCAGCAGCAAAAAGAGGAAAAGAAAACAUCCUCACAAAUCAGAGAGCAAAACCAGGCAGAAACUGGGGAGAAUUUGCACUCAGAAGACCUAGAGCUUGGUGCAGCACUUUCUAAACUGUCAUUAGGGACAGAAAUGCCCACUUCCACUAGGAGGCCUCCUUGCGUCAGAAAAGUGAAAACAACACAUCUUCCUCCACUGGAGCAUGUAUUUGCAGAAGGCCUAUACUUUACACUUACUGAUGUGGUUUUACUGCCAUGUCUUCAUCGGUUCCUGGGUUCCCUUGGCCUGAAACUAGGGAGCAUAUUGCAAAAGCUACCUCUGAUAAAGCGAUGGUAUCUCAGAGUCCAGGAGGUUCCAGGUGUUCAAAAAGCUGCUGCAAAUUGUGGAAUUAAUUUCAUUAGACUUCCCGAGCAAGGACCUGAUGAGGCAUAUGAAGUCACAAAUGUUAGCAGCUUUCAGGAGGAAAAACAGAAUGAUACUUCUUUCAUAGGUGGCCCUAGACCCACUAUGAACAAGCUAAAAGAAAAUUGCAUUCAGGCAGUUUUUUCUUCACAUCCUUCCCCUUCAUGGACAUUGGACUGGAAUGGACUUCCAACAGCUGUCAACCCUACUGAAGGAGAUAUGUCCUCUCAUCGGGCUUUGAGAAAGCAGCAACAAUUGAACAACCUCCUUUCCACGGUGAUUGAGCUGGCCAAACCAGGAAAUACUUUAGUUGACUUUUGCAGUGGUGGGGGCCAUGUGGGAAUUGUUCUUGCUUACAAAUUACCAGCUUGCCAGGUUAUCCUUAUAGAAAACAAGGAAGAGUCUUUAAUUAGAGCUAAGAAAAGAUGUGAUGCGCUUGGACUUAACAAUGUUGGAUUUAUUCAAGCAAAUCUGGAUUAUUUCAAAGGAUCCUUUCAAGUUGGGGUUGCUCUUCAUGCCUGUGGAGUAGCAACAGAUAUGGUCAUUGAACACUGCAUGAAAGCAAAUGCUGCUUUUGUCAUCAGUCCAUGCUGUUAUGGAUUCAUACAGAACACAGUGAAGUGCUCUUUUCCAAGGAGUCAGCAGUUUAUGGAUGUCUUAUCCUAUAAGGAACACAUGAUCUUGUGUAGGUUUGCAGACCAGACAGCUGUCCAGUUAACCGCUGAUCGACGAUUAAUAGGUAAACAAUGCAUGGGCCUUGUGGAUCUGGAUCGAGCCUGGGCUGCAGAGAAAAAUGGCUAUUCAGUUAAAAUCAUAACCAUGGAACCAGAGAGUUGCUCUCCAAAGAAUAAUAUGUUAGUUGGUAUUCCCAAUAAUUGCAGAUAAGAUGAGUUCUUCAAAUAUUACUACAGACUUUUAAUUGGUAGUUCAAAAUAUCUGUAUAAAUCAUCCUAAAGUUCUAAGUCUUUUAGUUGGUUUCCUUUUUGUUUCUUGUUUCAAGACUGUGAACUGCUACUUUAUAUAUCAUCUGGAGUGAAAAGAGUUCUGAGUUUAUCUUUUUUUGCUUUAUUGGACUGAUAUCAUUCUUGUUACUGUCAGUGUCUUUUGUAUUUCAGCAUUUAGAAUAUGUUCACUUAAUAAAACAAACUGAGUUUUUACCUUUUAUGAUUUUGCUUGGACCGAAUGAACAUUUUUAUUUCUUCCAGAAAUACAAUUACACCUCAA